UGUCGCGGUGUCGCCAUGAAAGGGCGAGCGAUUAAGCUGCGGGAGGCGCACAAGGCGGGCUCCCCGGCCUUCUGCUCCGUCGCCUGGGCCCCCGGAGGGCAGCACGUCGUCACCGCCUGCGCCGCCGAGGUCGCCAUCCUGAUCCAUGACGCCGCCGCGGUGAGUGCCGCGGGGGGUGGGGGCCGGAGCUCUGGUUCGGCGGCCGCGGCGGCGCUCACCACGAUCCGGCUUCACAAGGAGGGCGUCACGGCGGUCGCCCUCGCGCCGGGCCCCGGCGGAUCGCUUGCGUCCUGUUCCAUCGACCACUCCGUCAAGUUCUACUCCUUCCCAGACGGCACGUUUCAGAGCAACGUCGCUCGGUUCACCCUCCCGAUCCGGUCGCUCGCCUUCAACAAGAAGGGCACCCUCUUGGCAGCGGCCGGCGACGACGACGGCAUCAAGCUGAUUGCGACCAUCGACAACACCAUCUCCAAGGUACUCAAAGGCCACAAGGGCUCGGUCACUGGUCUGGCUUUCGACCCCCUAAACGAUUACUUGGCAUCGGUUGAUAGCUUUGGCACGGUCAUGUUUUGGGAUCUCUGCUUGGGUAGCGAGGCACGCACCCUGAAGCGUGUCGCCCCGACAUUUGGUUCCGACCACUCAGUGAAGAAUGCCCUGUGUUGGAGCCCCGAUGGGCAGACUCUUGCUGUUCCCGGCCUGAGAAAUAAUGUGCUCAUGUAUGAUAGGGACACCGGGGAGGAGGUAUUCAUGCUGAAAGGUGAACAUGAGCAGCCAGUAUGCAGCCUUUGCUGGUCCCCUAAUGGGAGGUACCUGGCAACUGCUGGCCUGGAUAGGCAGGUGCUGGUGUGGGAUGUCAAGUCCAGGCAGGACAUUGAGAGGCACAAGUUUGAUGAGAAGAUAUGUAGCUUGGCAUGGAAACCGGAGGAUAAUGCCAUAGUACUCAUUGAUGUAAUGGGAAAAUUUGGAAUUUGGGAAUCUGUGGUCCCUUCGACUAUGAAGUCCCCCACUGAGGGUGCGCCUGACCUAAACAAGACGAAGGCUCCUUUGUUUGAUGACGAUGAUGAAGAAGAAAAGCCAAGCACCUCUGCUGGUUGGGAAGAUGAGGCAGAUGAAAGUCUUGGUGAUUCAGCAGCCUUCAAUCACAAGCGAUUGAGGAGGAAGGCAACAUUCGAUGACCUGAAUGGAGAAAGCGAAGAUGUGGAUAUGAUACAUGAGACGGAAUCACGCAAGAGAAUGAAAGAUAGGCAUAAAGAUAACAAAGAAGGUGCUAAGAAGGCAAUAGAUGAUUCAGCAACUUCUGGGAGGCUGGUGACAGCAAGAAUGCAAGCUGCGUUCCAGCCUGGGUCGACGCCGUCUCAUCCUGGCAAGCGAAAUUUCCUUGCUUACAACAUGCUUGGAAGUAUUACUACUAUUGAAAAUGAGGGGCACUCACACGUAGAGGUUGACUUCCAUGACACCGGAAGAGGCCCCAGAGUCCCUUCCAUGAGUGACUAUUUUGGUUUCACAAUGGCUGCGCUCAAUGAAUCAGGAAGCGUGUUUGCAAAUCCAUGCAAGGGUGACAAUAAUAUGAGCACUCUUAUGUACCGUCCCUUCAGUAGCUGGGCUGGUAAUAGUGAGUGGUCAAUGAGGUUCGAGGGAGAAGAAGUAAAGUCUGUGGCUCUUGGUGCUGGAUGGGUUGCUGCAGUCACAAGUUCAAAUUUUCUGCGCAUCUUCACUGAAGGGGGCUUGCAGAUGCAUAUCAUCUCAGUCAGUGGUCCAGUGGUUACUGCAGCAGGUCAUGGGGAUCAGCUGGCAAUUGUGACCCAUGCUUCAGAUUGUCUACCCUCAGGAGAUCAGGUUCUAGAUGUCAAGGUGUUCAACAUAUCUGAGGGAGCACAAUCAAUGUCUGGUCGCCUUGUUUUGACUCCAUCCUCUCAAUUAUCGUGGUUUGGUUUCAGUGAAACUGGCCUGCUUAGUUCAUAUGACUCCAAGGGAAUACUGAGGGUCUUUUCCAGUCAAUUUGGUGGAAGUUGGCUUCCAGUGUUUAGUUCAACCAAGGCGAGAAAAUCUGAAGAUGAAAGCCACUGGGUGGUGGGUUUAGAUGCUAAUAAUAUAUUCUGCAUUAUAUGCAAAUCCCCUGAGAGUUGUCCACAGGUGAUGCCCAAGCCUGUUUUAACUAUACUUGAGCUGUCAUUUCCUCUUGCAUCAUCCGACCUUGGAGCCAAUAGUUUGGAAAAUGAGUUCAUGACAAAGAAGCUGCAUCUCUCACAGAUCCAAAAGAAAAUAGAGGAAGUUGCUCUUUUGGGUCUGGACACAACAGCAUUUGAAGAUGAAGCAUUCAAUACCGAGGCUGCACUUGACCGGUGCAUCCUGAGGCUAAUCUCUACCUGCUGCAAUGGUGAUAAGCUUGUCCGAGCCACCGAGCUUGCGAAGUUGCUAACAUUGGAGAAAUCAAUGAAGGGUGCAUUAACACUUGUUACUCGCUUGAAGCUUCCCAUAUUACAAGAGAAGUUUAGUUCACUACUUGAGGAGAGGAUGUUAAAUGAUGCAAGAGUUGGUGCAGUUUGCUCAAAUGCGACCAGUACAAACUACCCACCAGCAUUCCAUCCAACCCAACCGGCCAAAAUUGUGCAAAAUGGAAAUAACUCAGAGGCAUCCCCAAUGGCUACACCAAAUCCUUUUGCCCGACGAAGCAGUGCAGCUGUAUCUAAGAAGGCAGAAGUAGAGCAACCAAAAGAUGUGAAGGAUAAUAAUGCAAAGGUUUCACCUGCGGUUACCCCUUUAGCCAAGAUACCCAAGAAGAAUGAUAAUUCAGAAGGGAAAGCAAAGAGGGAGAGGGAUGUAAUAGCUGAUCAGGUUGGCUCUAAAACUAAGAGCAGUGAAGAUGGCAACAACCAAGCAGAGCCUCAGCGGCCUCUUAACCCCUUUGCAAAAUCUUCAUCCAGCAAAGAACAGUCAUCAUCCCUUUUGGAUUCCAUCAAAAAGAUGAAGGUUGAAAGCGAGAAAGCUGACAAAGCUAAUGUCAAGAAGGUGAAGGUAUAA